GCUGGUCUGGAGCAAGGAAGUGGGUCAUGUCCUGCCUGAGGAGGAGUAGAGCCAUGGGGAGUACAAGGGAGGCAGCUACCUUUCUGGUGGGGACAGUGGAAGGCAGUCGCUCUUGGGAUCUGCAACUCUGGCUUUGGCAAGUAUCAGAAAAGGAUGGCAAGAAUCCUGAUUAUGUUAGUGAGUCUGCUCAGCAACUCAUUGGCUUGCAGUGCUGAGCCAUCGUCUUUCAGGGACACAGGUGUUGUCUUCCGAAUGACGAAGCCCGCUGUACUAGUGCUCAAUGAGAAAACUGCUCACAUCAUACAGACAGCCUUCCAGCAUGCAGACUACCCAGACAUCAAGGGGGAGAAGUCUAUGCGGUUUCUUGGGAAGAUUGCCUAUGGAUUGAAAAACAUCCAUAUUGGACAACUGACUAUAGAAAACACCACAGUUGACCUCAAGGAGGACGACGCCAUCAACAUCGGAAUUCAGAAUGUUUCUGCUUCCUUCCAAGGAACCCUCAGCUAUGGCUACAUGGGUGGCUGGCUGGUGAAGCUCAUCCAUUCUAUUGACUUCGAAAUAGAGUCAUCCAUUGAUCUGCAGAUAAACGUUAAAUUGUCGUCGGACGAGGGGCGUGUGAUAGUGGACACCUCGGACUGUUACCUGACUUUCCACAAGCUGGCCCUGCAUCUACAAGGAGACAAAGACCCAGGAUGGAUAAAACAGCUUUUUACAAACUUCAUCUCAUUUACCUUGAAGCUCGUUCUCAAAAACCAGGUGUGUAAAGAAAUUAACUUUAUUUCUCAGCUGCUGGCAGAUUAUGUGCAUGAGACAUCAGCCAACUUCCUUAAAGAUGGGGAUAUCGGAGUAGAUAUUUCUGUGACCUCAUCUCCGGCAAUCAAAGCAAAUUACAUAGAAUCGCACCACAAGGGCCUUGUCGUGUACCGGAACCAUUCAGGCAUCUUCCAUGACUCUGCCUUCACACCGUCUCUGCUGACUGAUUCCAAAAUGGUCUAUUUCUGGUUUUCAGACCAAGUCCUCAAUUCUCUGGCCUUGGCAGCUUUUCUAGAUAAGCGCCUGGAGUUAACACUCACAGGGGAAAAAUUAAAGGAAAUGUUUGAAAUUGAAGAGCUGAAAACUCAACAGGAGAUUGUGCAAAAGAUUUUUCGGGGUGCCUCCUACAACGACUCCCUGGCUAAGGUGUGGAGCCUUGACCCUCCUCAGAUUAUCCUCCAGCCCGAAGGAACCAUUGUGAAGUCAUCUGUGGCUGUGGAGCUCAGUGUUCCUCUGCAAGGCGAAGGUCCCCCCUCUGUAGCUUUGUAUUCUGAAAAGGAAGUCACCGUCACAAUCCAAGCUUCGUAUAUGCAAAAAAACCUAUACCUGCAUCUCUCCGAGGCCACGACAGAGAUCAAAAAGCUUAAGCGUGCCGCGGAUAUAGCUGUGAAUGAUGAAACUCUAAAGCACAUUUUGGAGAAAAUUGUCUUAGUUGCUGGGAUCCCAGAAGUGGUAUCAAGAUUCGAGAGGGGUGUAAGUUCCCUGUUGAACAGCAAAGGACUCUACCAUUUCAACAUCAUUGAUCCUGAGAUAGUAACCAAAAAGGGACACUUAAUUCUCCAGAUGGACUUUGGCUUCCCACACCAUUUGCUUGUAGAGUUUCUGAAGAUUACUUUGUAGAAGGAAGAGGA